AUGUCAAAUUUUCAGCUCACGGAGUAUCUUUCCUCGUUCCAAUCCACAGAUAAAUCAUCAUACGGAGCCCUUGAAGCACCUGGUUCCACUCUCAAUCAGGUAACGGAUGUUUUAGCUUUAAAUUCAGAGUAUGAAAUAGCAGAUGAAAUCUUUGAGACACUAACAGAUUUGACUCACUCGUAUCUACAUUUGAACUAUAAUGUGAAACAACAACUGGUAUAUUUGGUGUCCUCGUGCCUAUCAAACUUAUCAGCGCUGAUCCAAUCUAACUUUCAAGUCGAUGAAGAGGUAUUGCUCUCAUGGAAGAUCAACCUACAAAAACUUGGAUACCUGGUACAUGUUUUGUUGAUUUUCAUUCAAGAUGAUUUGUUAAAUCGAACUCAGCAACAGCAGCAACAGAAGAAAGAAGAAACAAAGCUAUACUCCUCAUUACUCGAAAUAUUGCUACCUAGUAUCAUAAAACUUGCACAGAUACCACAGCUACCGAAACUUUUCGGAACCUUGUUGGAAAGAGAUCUAUUCAUUGGUCUUUUCUUGAAACCGCUUUUCACGUUAGUCGAAUGUGAAUCGCUAAUCAAGAUAAAUCAAAUCACCACCAUGAUAAUUAGAACCAUAGCUAUAUUUGUGAAAAAUGACAACCAAUCGCAACUAGUACAAAACUUCAUUAUGGCCAAUCUAACUUAUUUUCCUCAACUUACAAAUUUUAACGCAGAACUAUUGACCUAUAUCAAUGAUGAGUUCGACUAUCCUCAACUUACCGAGGACAUCUUGAGGAAUAUUAGUAACAAGGAGUUUAACGCGAAAGAUUUGUCCGGACCAAAAUCUAUAUCUAACUUUUUAAUCAAGAUAUCUGAGUUAUCCCCCAGAAUUGUGCUGAGGCAAAUGACGUCAAUUAUAAGAUUGUUGAAUAACUCGUCAUUUACAUUGCGUUGUUCAGUGGUCGAAGCAUGCGGAAAUAUUGUUAUAGACAUUGCAUCUGACCCUGAUCUAUACCAACAUUAUAAACAGCAAAAUGACACUUUAAUUGAACUGCUUGAAGAGAGAUUCCAAGAUUCGAACCCUUAUGUCAGGUGUAAAGCUAUUCAAUCAUGUGUGAAAAUAUGUGACCUCAAAAUUAAAUUUAACUACCAUAGACUGUUAAUUACUUCCUUGGCGGUACGAUCUUUGCAAGAUAAAUCAUCAUUGGUGAGAAGAAAUGCUGUGAAAUUGUUAUCACAGUUGUUAUUAACACAUCCAUAUGAUCAGAUGCACGGGAGUCAAUUAAAGUUACGUGAUUGGAAGCAAAGACUGCAAGAUCUAGAAUCACAGAAUUUCGACCCUGACGACGAAAAAGUGAAACUAACUCGCCAAUAUUAUAAAGAUGCCAUCUCUUUUAUUGACUCGUUGCAUAACGCUAUCGAACUCUGUGUGCCUUUGCUAUUUUCUCGGAAUAAGUCUGAAGUACUAGAAACGAUGGAUUUUCUUGUAUUAUGUGAUGCUUUCGACUUGGAAUUGAGUUAUAUUGGUGUCAAGAAAAUGUUACAUUUGGUUUGGUUCAAAAACUCUAAUGAUGAAGGAACGAACAUUGCGGAUCAUUUAGUUUCUUGUUAUAAACAGCUAUUUCUUACCACUCCUGACCAUUUUAACUAUAAAGAAAGGUCCGCAUUCAUAGCUAACAACUUAAUUAAGUUGACACUCGAUGCAUCCAUAUCAGACCUUGCCUCACUAGAAAGACUAAUAGGAUUAAUACAUGACAGCAAAUUGAUUGAUUAUAAUGAUAUCAAUGCGCUCUGGUUGAUAUUCCAAAGUCUGUUAACUGGAGGGCGGAUCGGCACAACAGAAUUUUCCUCUUCUCAAAUCCAUGGUGCAAUAACUGUGCUAGGAAUGUUGGCUCUUGCUGAUAAUGAAGUUGGAUUACACGGCCUCCCUUUCAUUUUAAAGGUUGGAUUCGAUCAUGGCAAUCUACCAAUAAUCAAAAUGACUUGCAUCGUUCUGCAAAGAAUGGUGGCACCUGAUCACACUGAAAUUCCACACCAGGAGGAAGUAUUGAAGAACCUUCACAAUCUCGUCAUUUCAUCAACUGAUGACCAUGAUUACUACUCAAUGUGUGAGCAUGCAAUUAACGCAAUUUUCGAAAUUUCCGAAAGACCCGAUAUUAUUUGCAAUACCUUAAUAAAGGAAAAGACUAUGAUAACUUUUGGCGAGCUUCGUAAUAAGAAUAUUGAGCAUUCAAGAUCCCAAGCAAUUGUUGAGUCUAGACUUGCUUCUCUUUGUCAGUUAUUAUUCAUUGUGGGACAAGUGUGCAUUAAGGUAAUAGUAUUUCUAGAAAAGAGUGAAGCAAAAUUCAAAAAAUCCAAGAUACAAUUCGAAACACUGAAAUCGGCAGCUAAUGAAAACAAUAAUUCUGAUCCUGAUGCUUCUGUUGGAAAUACCACAGAACAACAAAAGGAAUUGGAUCUCAUCGGAGGUACUAACGAAGAUGAUUUCUCAGAUGCGAUUCAAUAUAUUAAGGAAAACGAGCUAUUAUUUGAUCCCAAUUCCUUACUCUCUAAAUAUGGUCCAUUGGUGGAGGAGAUUGUUACAAACUAUGAUAAAUUUAAUGAUAAGUAUCUCCAGAGAAAUGCUGUUUUGUGUUUGACAAAAAUGAUGUGCGUCUCAUCUAGGUUCUGCGAGAAAUAUUUAUCGCUUCUAAUUACAAUUAUGGAGAGAUCACCCGAUCCUAUUAUUAGAUCAAAUGCUGUUCUAGGGCUUGGUGAUAUGGCUGUUUGCUUCAAUAAUCUGGUUGAUGAAAAUACAGAUUUUUUGUACCGCCGUUUACAUGAUGAAAACCUCAUGGUUCAGAAAACUUGUUUGAUGACUGUGACAUUUUUAAUUUUAGCUGGGCAAGUGAAGGUCAAAGGACAAUUAGCCCAAAUGGCUAUUCUCUUGGACAACUCAGAUCAAAGUAUAAGUGAUAUGUGCAAACUCUUCUUCACAGAAUUAUCAACCAAGGAUAAUGCUAUCUAUAAUGGAUUUAUUGAUAUUUUCAGUGGUCUAUCCAACGACGAGAAUUUGAACAAGGACUCCUUCAAAGUGAUCAUAAAAUACCUUCUAACGUUUAUUGACAAAGAGCGUCACCAAAAGCAACUCAGUGAGAAAUUGCUGGGCAGGCUCACUAAAGCUGAAAACCAGAAACAAUGGGAUGAUAUUGCUUUCGUGUUAAACCAGCUACCGACAAAAUCCGAGAAGGUUCAGGAAGUUCUGGAGGAAGGAUUCAAACUCGUUAGUGCUAGGGAAUGA